AUGGACUGGGAGUGGGGCUUCGUGCCUCUCAGCUCCACCAACCCGCCAACUGACGAAGUAGGAGAUUAUGCAAUCCAGGCCAAAGAGCAUUUUCCUCGCAUCGCUGCGGAGAAACGAGGCCCUCGCCAGAAGCGGGAUCUUAACGAGGUUGACCCCGAUCCUUAUAUCCAAUGGACCAACCUCAAGAUGGGCCGCACCCACACCUCGCGCCCCGGUAACUUUUCAGUCGAAGCUGCCGGUUCCGAUGACGAUGUCACUAUCCUUGAGGGCAAGAAGAACAAGGCUCCGGCACCAGAGGCCGGUUCAAGCCAAGGCCCUCCCGCCAAGCGCUCCCGGACGGACGUUGUUGGUGGGAAAGCAGUAGGCAAGAGGCGCUACCAAGGGAAACAGAUGCCGGUCGCUUCCGGCCCUGCGCUCAAGCUCUCCAAGAGCGCCAGCGGCCUGAGGCCGGAGAGCUCUGAGGGAACCGCAAGGACCUCAUCUCCUGUUCACUCAAGCCCGGUACCAUCUGACCACCGCGCGGAGGAGGAGCACAUCUCCCCUCUUGAAAGACAAGACACCAGCAACAGCAACAUCGGCGCCGAUUUUGAUGCUGCUGGGAGGGCGGAACCUCAGGUUCCUCCCGUCCCUAAAAGAAAGAAGAAGACUACGGAUUCUUCCCCCUCCAAGCCCGUGCCGGACUCUUCCGCGCCGGCAAGCUCUACUCCUGGCCAGGACGCACCCGACGCCCGCUCGUCGCCCAAGACUUCACCCGCGCCGCCACCAGAAGCUCCCACCGCUGAGCAAACUGGGGCCACACCGACGCCGCCGCCAAGCCAAGGACAUACCGCGGCCGAGCCUGUGCCAACUCCAAGCCAAGGGCCCGCUGCGGCCAAGCCAACGCCGCCGCCAGAAGGCACCAAGCCGCUCAAGCCAGAAUAUUUCAAGGGGAAGGCCACGGCUUCCGGCACUGCUACAUCUGGCUCGCAGCAGCUGGCGCUGCACGUCGGCCGCGCCGCUGUUGUGGCCGGAGAGGCGGCCACUGGUCUGCUGGGCCAGAUCACCGAGCUGAAGCGCGGAGGCCACAAGCUGGGGCAUUUGCUCGAGUACGCUGAAAAGUGGAGUCGAGCGGAUGUGUACGUGGCUACGCGCGGCUUGGGGAAGGACCGGCUUCCGGCGAUUGACACCGCUGGCCCCCGGUGCACUGAGCAACACUUUAUACGGCUGCGGCGGGCGGUCAAGGAACUCGACAAUGCGUGGCACGAUGCCACCAACAACGUGGUGCUAUCCCGGAAGCCUCCAUUGAGGCCCUCAAGGCCCAGCUCAGCACCCUUCAAGGAGCAGCUUAUCCAGGAGCAUCGCAAGGCUCUAGACACCCAGAAGGCCAUUUCCAGAGGGCUGAAGGACAAGCUCAUCCAAUUCGGGCUCCGACAUGAUCAGGAGAUGAAGGAUGCCAAAGCUGCAGCUAAGGCGAAGCUGAAUGAGGCCCUGGAGGACUCUAUCAACUCCACCUCGGUGCUGCGGGCAGAGCUGGAGGAGGGAGGCAAGGCACGGAAAGCGGCCGAAGAUCGGGCCGCCCUCCUAGAGGCAGAGCAGAAGGAGUAUGACCAACUGGUCAUGCAGACCGACGCGCUCGCCCUCCGGCUCUUUCCGGACUCGCAGGUGUUCGUGCAGAGGAAGGUGUCAGAGCGCCGGGUUCAACAAGAGUUCAAGAACCCGGAAGCGCCCUGGGAUCCUUAUGAUCACCUGGUCGCGCUUUCUGCCCGGGUCUAG